AUGCUGUUUCCCAAGGGUGGAUUGAACUGGAAGUCUGCAAAGGCGCAGAUACCUCCAACCAGGGCGCUAUGGAACGCCGUGACGCGAACACGAUUUAUACUGCUAGUUGGCGUUACGGGAAUUAUUCUGUUACUAUGGCGCGGCCUGUCCCAUUCGGCGUCGGAUAUGCAGAGCUUCUACUGCUGGGGUCCGGCCCAACCACCCAUGGAAAUGUCGCCAAACGAUCACAAUAGGUGGAACGGGCACCUCCAGACGCCCGUCAUCUUCAACCACCACGCCCCGAUAGAGGUCAAUUCUAGUACAAUUGAACACGUUGACCUUAACCCCAUCGAGUCGACCAAACAAGCCGUUAGCAAAGAAGAGAGGAUACUCAUCCUGACGCCGCUCAAGGACGCCGCCCCGUACCUGUCCAAAUACUUUGAGCUCCUCGCAGAAUUGACAUAUCCCCAUCGCUUGAUCGAUCUGGCGUUUCUCGUCUCAGACUCUACCGACGACACCCUCGCCGUUCUUGCGUCCGAACUCGACCGUAUCCAGAAACGACCCGACCAGAUUCCUUUCCACAGCGCAACCGUCGUCGAAAAAGAUUUUGGUUUCAAGCUCAGCCAAAAUGUCGAGGAGAGGCACUCUUUCGAGGCCCAAGGCCCCCGACGAAAGGCCAUGGGCAAGGCAAGAAACUAUCUGCUUUAUACCGCUCUAAAGGCUGAGCACUCCUGGGUUUACUGGCGCGAUGUCGACAUUGUGGACAGCCCUACUGGCAUUCUCGAGGACUUUAUUGCCCAUGACAGGGACAUUUUGGUUCCAAACAUUUGGUUCCACCGUUACCGCGAUGGCGUCGAUAUUGAGGGUCGAUUCGACUACAACUCCUGGGUCGAGUCAGACCAGGGCCGCAAGCUGGCGAAUAGCCUCGAUAAGGACAUUGUCCUUGCUGAAGGCUACAAGCAAUACGACACUGGCAGAACUUAUAUGGCAAGAAUGGGCGACUGGCGUGAGAAUAAGGAUGUGGAGCUUGAGCUCGACGGCAUCGGGGGCGUCAAUAUUCUUGUGAAAGCGGAUGUGCAUCGCUCUGGCAUCAACUUCCCCUGCUAUGCCUUUGAGAACCAAGCCGAGACAGAGGGAUUUGCUAAAAUGGCCAAGCGCGCCGGAUACGAAGUCUACGGUCUUCCCAACUACGUUGUUUGGCACAUCGACACCGAAGAGAAGAGCGGCAAUGCUUAAGCUCAACAUGAACCGUUCUCUAAAAGGAUUGAAUUCCGCUUCACGUGUGUCAUAUUUUGCGAACUGGUUCGAAUAAUUCGGUUGUUAUAUUGGCAAAGGGGAGCAAUAUUUUAUACGAAGACUCAUGAUAUUAUAACUUUCUGGCGGACCGGACUACCUUUUAGAUACGACCGACAUGAACGCCGACGCAUCAACUAUUACGGCUGGUGACGAGGCACGCUGUUUUGCAUACUGUCGGCGGAGACUGUUUGCUGGUUCGCGUUUUUCUUAAUAAUGAUGAGAUUACUCCGGGAAAGGCGUGCGCAUGUUGGGUUGAGCCUGGAAAGGCCAUAAGCGAGUUAGAUCUUUUUCCACUGCGAUACUAGAUUCUGGCUACUUGCGUUGCGCAUAUUGGAGCUACUGGAAUGGAGGAUGUUGCUUGUGCUAUGGCGGGAGUAAUGGCAAGGCUGGUUGGAACAGUUCAAUGUGUUUUUGGAGUUUAGAGUAGGCGUGUCAUAUUCACGUGGCCAAAUGGGCUUUGUAUUUUUUAUCCUGUCUCAUUAAUUGAUAGAUGUUAUCAUUAUG